AUGGAGCCCAAGGAUGAUGGGCUGGGCUCCAGGCUUCACGACGUGGUCCUCGGCAUGGCGGUCGCGGCCGCCAACGGCUUCGCCCUCGGCGGCGUCAUCUAUGACAAAAGCACCUGCGGGGCGCCGUCCUCUUCCACGCACGGCGUGGACAUAUUCAAGUCUGCGGGCCGAGUGUUUGGGAUCAAGAACCCCCGUAUGAUGUUCACGAAUCACCCGCCCGACUUUGGCGACUUCGUUUUCGAAGACACGAGGAAGUUCGAGCAGUCCAUUAGUCGGCAAGGGAUGCCGAAGAGCAGCAAGGACAACUGGCUCUUGAGUGCCAAGGCCAAGUGCCUUGCGUGCGACCUGGACAAAUCUGGCGCCGAUAUGGACCGCUACUUUCACUCCAACAUUCCUUUCGGGCUUGCAGAGGUCAUCACCGUUGAGAAAGGGGCCGCUCGUCUUCAAGCCGGAUCGCCUCUCUGUCGCGCUUCACAUCAGGCGUGGUGA